AUGGAGAAGGAGGAGUCGUGCUGCUUGGCUCCAGCAUACGGCUACGACAAUUACACUGCCGCUCCGAGCAAGCAGUACAUCCAGCCACCAAUGCCAGCGGCACAGUACCCAGCAUUCAUGCAAUACAUGCCAACCUCUGGUCCAGCCCUAUACGUCUACAACCCACAGCCGUAUCAUGAUCUACAGCCGAAGCAGUUCGGCGGCCAGUACAUGCGGCCACCGGCACCUCAAGGCUGGCCACACCCGCCACCACCACAGGCCUUCGGUACUGCCUAUGCAGGCAACCCACUCACCGCCUCAAGCCCUGGACGCUGCCUGAGCGAGCAAUUUGCGGCAGGCUCCACGUGGCCUGGACGACAGUUGCGUUGCCGCGGAUAA